UACCAUCUUCUUUUGGAUUUUCAACUUAUUUAAUUCGUUGGGGACACAUUACAUCAUCCUUCCAAUUCGCUGUGGCUUAAUCUUUAAAAUAUAUAUCCACAGGCUUGAGCUGUACUGCGAAUUCCACAUUUCACACACAAAUUAAUACCAAUAUGCGUUUCUCCAAAGCUUCAGCAAUCGUCAGCCUGCCGCUGCUGGCAGUAGCAGACGUCCCUGAAUAUCAAGCCCAGUUCGAAAACUACAUGGGCCAAGCACAGGUCUUUCUAGGAAAUGUUGCUUCCAAGCUCCCCAAUCCUAAUAAGCAUGAUCCCGUCGCUGCCGCUGAAGCUAAGGCUGGGUCCUUGAAUCUUGACAUCUUGACCUUAAACAACUGGAAGCAGACCCUCUACGGGCCCGUAAAGCCCGAGAGCACGACUCCCGAAGAGUGGUGGGUCUUGAUCACAGGUGGUAACAAAACUUGCUUUGGCCACUGUGGCAGGAUCGAGAGUGCGUUCAACGAGACCGCCGGAAAAUGGGCCGUUACACCCGGUUCUCCCCAUACUGCCCUCCUCAAUUGCGAAGAUCAACCUGUUCUUUGUAACGCUUGGUCCGCCCCGGUCGGUGCGCUUUGGAUCUUCGAAGUCCUUCCCGAGCCGGCGCCUGUCGAUAUCUGGACGAGGCGAUUGAAUAUGACAACCGUCACUUCCGACGACAUUGUCGCAAUGCGAGACGGGGGCUUCAAGUCCGCGGCCAAAUUGCAUGAUGGAUUUUUCCAUCCCUUCAAUGGCCCUCUCGCCAAGAAUGGCCUCGCAAUUCCCGCUGGGUGGGUUAUCUGGGCCUUUAACCUCCUUCCCAGCUGGGCAUUCAUGGUUCUCAUUUCCAUCUUCAGCAGGACAAUGAUGUCCAACCGCUUAAACCAGCAAAUGGACGGUGGUCGACGACCUGCUCCCACCGGUCAAGCUGCCCCUCGACGAUAGAUGGAAGAACAAUGGAUAACGUUGACGUCUACGAUAUUGCUAGGUCAUAUGGGAAUAUGUAUGACGAGUUAUCGGAUUCUUGGUGUUACUCGGAAAGCUUCCUUGAUGUAUUGGAUAAUUAGAUGGCGGUCACAUAGUUAGGUAGUGACCUAAUGAAUUGAUUUGAUGUCGUCGAUUACGCUUUUCGUUCACAU